CCAACAAACAAUUCGCUUUUACUCGCGAACUUUUCUCUGUACAAUCAUUGCCUGUGACGCAAAGUUUAGCACUCAGGCAGAGGCUUCUCUCAAGUCAAGCGUUUGAUAUUUUUGUAUUAUUCAUGCAUUAGCAUAUUCACGUUCGUUGGGUUUUUGAGCCGACUGUCGCAAUCAUGCGAGAUCUUCGUCUGUCCAUUCACAUACUUCCGGAGCAGAGCGAGCGACGUGUGGGCAAUACCGAUGGUGUCAUAAAAUUUCUAGAGCCUCGGUGUCCAGCGGAAUUACCUCUCGAGGACCUCUGGAAAAGGAUUUGCGAUAGACACGAUAGGCUCUAUAGCGCCAGACCGCCGCUUAAUAUUAAAAAGCUUCAGGACAGCCAUGAAAAUGACCUCGAAGUUAAAACUCUUACUGUGGGCGACGUCUUCGAUGACAGGGACAUUGUUCGAGUUGUCCAAGGCCCUUCGCGAGGUUCAGUCGCGCCGGAGUCUGGUCUUCGCCCGCGUUUCCUCGCUCGUCCUAUCGCUGGUGUAAAACGGGCUCACCAAGAAUAUCUGUCACGUCCUCAGAGCAGUCUGAGACAGGUAGAAGUCAUCGACGAAGACGAACGAGAAUCACCUCCGCACCAACUGAGUAAACGACAACGCCUUGGCCCCCGGCAAUCAGAUAACGUUUCAGAAGAGAUUGAGCGAGAAAUCCAUCCUGAUACACCCGUUCGUUCAAGAGAGGAAGAUUCCGAAAUAGGCUUGGCUGCCACAAAUUGGCAGGAACAAGAUGCUCAUUCGCCGAUGCAUAUCAUCGAAGAUUCUCAACGGCCGCGCCUGAACGGAUACGGUACAAAGUCCGAAUCGCCAGACGACAGAAGUCUCCUACAUAGCGUACCUCCAUCCGUGCCCAACUCGGUCAGGGGAACGCCCGUUGCGCGCGGCGCUUACGAUGAUGCAAAGAAUAAGGCUCUUCAAGAUGCAUUAAGAGCCCGAGAAAGGCUUGCGGCAAAGAGUGGACAGUAUUCCUCACCGGUAUCAGCUCAGCUCAUCGAAAAUCGAAGACGUUCAUCCAAUGCUGGUUCCGGGACCCCUUUUGCCAGAUCUCUACGCUCUGGUGCAAACCGUGCUGAGCCAGUUGCAACUCCAUCCGCAAACCAAUCACAUCAGCCAAGGAAAUCUUCUUCCAACGCAGUUGCUACGACGACAGCCCGCCGAGCGUCUCGAAAUACAGAGUCUCCGGCCUUGAUGCGAGGCCAAAGAGCCUUUUCACGUCGUGACUCAACAGCCGUGUCUCCUCGAUUAUCCAUUUCCAAUGGCCGAAAAGGCAGCCUUCGGCCAAACUUUGAGCCAGUGGAAGACCUGGCAAUUUCUUCAGAGGAGGAUUCCUCCGACGAGGAAUCAGCACCCCGUUCAAGAAUGCCCACUCCAAGUACGAACAAAGCCUCGCAACCGCAAAGAUCUCCAACCGCCGAGAAUGCAGCUUCUGCACGCAAAGCAUCUGCGCCGAUUGCCAGUUCAGUAGCGGCAUCGCCAUCGCCGCAAGCGAUAAAUCUUGUUUCACGCAGAUCUCUCUCGAACGGCAACCAUGGUCACUCACUCACUUCAGUUCGAAACUCUGCAUCACCUUCACCCUCGGCCCGGCUGGCGGAGCCAGAAUCCCGGCGAUCACCAUCUAAUGAAGACCGUAGUAGGUCUGAAUCCUCUGCCGAAAAUCCACCAGCAAACAGAUCCCCUUCUCUUGGAAGAGUGAACGCUGAGCCGGUACAUGUCCAAUCGUAUGAGAACGACGAAGGCGGACAAUCGCCAAUGUCAAUCCGGGAAACAUCGCCCUCCACUCGCGACGCAGCCCGUUCCAGCCGAUCUCCCGCCCGAUUUGUUUCACGAACGCCGUCGACAGAUUCAGAGAUGGACGAAGUGACGCCUCCUCGCUAUCUCUCUGAGACAAGGCCUCGGAAUCCUCAAUUCCACCGCGAAAGCAGCCAAGCUAGCCCGUCGCCCAGACAAAGAAACGCCUCGCCAUCAAGUGAGGAGAGCAGCGAGGACGAAAUCCCUUGGAAACGACCUUCUCCAUCAUCCAGCCCUUCAGUCGAGCCUCAGCCUCAGCCUCAGCCCCGUCAGGAAUCAUCUCCAACGCCCCCUCGUGCCACGAAAACGUCUUUCCAAGGUCAAGGUCAAGGUCAAAGUCAAAGUCAAGCCCACUCCCAACCGUCUCAGUCCCGUCCUCCUUCGCCUUCCAAAGUACGCCCCGAGCUGCCCAAAUACCCAAGCUUAAGCGCCUUGAAGCUCCACAAGCCCCGCUACGAGCCCAAGGACGUCGCAAUGGGCUUGUGGCCCAGCUCUCAACCCCAGCCUGUCUCGUCGCGCUUCGCUGGCUCUCAAACCUCCCUGCCUCGCUCUCAGUCAGAAUCUCGACUGCAGAUCAGUGGUGCAAGGAGUGCAGGAAAGCCAGGCAUAAACGGCGUCAUCGGCGCCAAGGACAAACAUCACGUUGACAACCGUCGUAAUGGUAACGCGGACCAGGACGACGAUGACGAGGAUGAUGAUGACGACGACGAAAGCAGCAAUUCCUCUUCUUCUGAUGAUGAUAGUGAAGAGUCCGAUAGCAGCAAUGAUGACGACCAACCCGGACAAAACGGUUCGCAGAAACUCGCCGGCCGGCAGGCCGGUGAUGAAGACGCCAAGAAGAAUAAAGCCCGAAGCAGAUAUUCCGAACUAAUGAAGUUCAAAGCCUUGCGCGGUGCUUAGAGCUAAGCAUUUGGCCACUCAAUUUCCUUGCUGCCAAGUUUCUCUUCUUCCCGCACUUUUCUCUCACCCUCCUCCCCUUU